AUGACCAGGCGUGUAACAGCUGGAGUCUCUGGAGAUGCGCAACAAACAUUUGGUCUUGUAGAACUUGCUCAGAAAUUACCUCGACUGGAAAAGUUCGCCCUCUUGCUGAAGAACGUUAACGUUUUUUUGCUCGAGGACUACUGGAGCAGGUGCUCCUACAGCACCUUCUUCCCGAACAAGCAGAUUGUCUCUCGCGAAUUGAUGUUUGAUGGCUAUUUACCCGGAGGGUUUGUUUCUGCCAUACCUCACAUGUUCAAUCUCUCCCACUUAACUAGACUUUCUCUCUACACGGACAAUUUCUGGUACUGGAAGCCGCUUUUCAGCUCCCCAGAGCUACGAAACCUGACACAUUUCGACUUUCACUCUCCAGACAGUUUUGACCAUGAAAAGAGUAUGGAUCUUGAAGAUUUGUUUACGCGGAAUCAAAACCUCCGGCAUUUGAAUCUUCAUAUGCGGCUAUUGAAAACAGUGUCGUUGGAGCCACUGCUUGCAGAUGAUGGGUCGACUCUUGCUUCGUAUAUCUCGCCGCUAUGUCCCAGGCUAAAGUCUCUCUCGCUCUUCGACUUAUGGUCAGUGGAAAAGAGGGCUUCCUAUUUUCCUUCCAUGGCAUCGCUGGAUACGAUUUGCGAUGAGCUUGGUGCUUUGGAGCAAUUUGGGUUGCGUGUCGCGGAAAUAGGGGGGUGUCUCCUGGCCAAUGGGCACGACAGACAGAAAUAUGUCCUUGGACGACUCUGCAAGAAACCAAUUGGCAAGCUCAAAAACUUGAAAAUGCUGCAUCUCUACCAGGAUCGUAUUCGAAUCAUCGAUCCCGACCAACCGAGAAACGUAGCAGCCGAGACCCAGCAGCUCGCUGCAGUGCUCUUUCAAUGGGCGCAUGAUUUGUGUCCUGACCUCGAAGUCCUCAUCUGGGGUCGUUUUACCGAAACGCUUGACAACGAUGUAUAUUCCCUUCUCGAGGACGAGUUGGAAACAGAGGGAAGUCUUGCUAACAACGUAAACGUUGAACGCGUACCACAACAGUACUAUGUAAAGCAAGUCACACGAGUCCGAGGGGGAGCUCCGAAUAUCACCGCUAUUCCGUUCUCGCGACGUCGGAUCCAAAAUGAGUUCCCGGACCUGGAUUUGCUGGCUUGCGAUACCAGCGUUGGCACGCUGGAUCGCAUGGCAAGAGAUAUUGUGUACUAG